AUGGCGAGAAGACUCCUCCUCAAAACACUUGCUUCUCGAGCUCUCUUGCCAAUCCCAGACCGCUCCGACCGUCGGCGACCCACUUCAGCCGCUGAGCUCUUUCUGGAUCCUCAUCCUCUUCAGAUUGCAGGGCCGGGCCCUAGUAAAACAGUUGUAGUUUUCAUGAAUCUAAGGAGAGUUCAUUUUAGCUGGCGUCGUUGGUUUGCUUCCUCUCCUUCGACAAUCUCAUCAUCAGUUUCAUGGAUCUCUCCUCUUAAGUUAUCAAAACUCAAUGCUCACCAACCAGAUCCCCCUCCUGAUACACGGACAGAAGCUAGGAGGAAAUCGAAAUAUAUUUCUCACAAUGCUGCCAUCAACUUAAUCAAACGUGAGAGAGAUCCACAACAUGCGUUGGAAAUUUUUAACAUGGUCUCGGAGCAAAAGGGUUUCAACCACAACAAUGCCACCUAUGCAACUAUCCUCAAUAAGCUUUCUCAGUCCAAGAAGUUCAAGGCUGUUGAUGCAGUUCUCUAUCAAAUGAAGUAUGAUACCUGCAAAUUUCAUGAGGGUAUAUUCCUUAAUCUCAUGAAGCAUUUUUCAAAAUUUUCUAUGCAUGAGAGAGUGCUUGAAAUGUUCCAUGCUAUCCAGCCAAUAGUUCGGGAAAAGCCUUCUCUCAAAUGCAUUAGUACUUGUCUAAAUCUGCUCAUUGAAGCGAAUCAGGUUGAUAUGGCCCAACAGUUUCUCAUGCAUUUGAAGAAGAGUCUUAACUUGAAGCUGAAUACAUGCAUUGCCAACAUCUUGGUUAAGCACUAUUGCAAAAAUGGGGAUCUUGAAUCUGCCUUUGAAGUUGUGAAGAAAAUGAAAAAGUCUAAGCUCUCCUAUCCUAAUUUGAUUACUUAUUCAACACUAAUUGAUGGUCUAUGUCAAAGUGGAAAACUGACAGAAGCAAUGGACAUGUUUGAUGAAAUGAUCUCGAAGGAGCAAAUAUUGCCUGAUGUCCUAACGUACAACAUUUUGAUGAAGGGGUUUUGCCGUGCUGGGAAAGUUGAUAGGGCGAGGAAGAUAUUGGAUUUUAUGAAGAGCAAAGGAUGCAACCCAAAUAUAUACAAUUACUCAACUCUGAUGAAUGGAUUCUGUAAGGAGGUAAGGUUGAAAGAGGCCCAGGAGCUUUUGGAUGAAAUGAAGAGCUUUGGUAUAAAACCAGAUACAGUUGUCUACACUACUUUAAUUGAUUGCCACUGUAGGACUGGUAGAGUUGAUGAAGCAAUAGAGUUGCUCAAAGAGAUGAAAGAAAGAAGGUGCAAAGCUGACACUGUGACUUUCAAUGUCAUACUUGGAGGAUUAUGUAGAGAAUGUAGAAUUGAGGAUGCUCUUAAGAUGCUGGACGAACUUCCUUACGAGGGUAUUUAUCUGAAUAAGGGAAGCUACAGAAUUGUGUUGAAUUCCCUGUAUCAGAAAGGUGACUUGAACAAAGCUAAGGAGUUGUUGAGAUUGAUGAUGGGCAGGGGUUUUGUACCACAUUAUGCAACUUCAAACGGGUUGCUAGUUAGCCUUUGUGAGGCUGGAAUGAUAGAUGAUGCAACUACGGCUUUGUUUGGAUUGGUGGAGAUGGGAUUCAAACCACUGCUUGAUUCCUGGGUUUUUGUUGAAUCAAUUUGCAGAGAAAGAAAGCUACUGCCUGCGUUUGAACUGCUCGAUGAAUUGGUUAAUGAAGAGUUUGGUUAACCCCAAUAUGGAUAUAAGAUGCUACAGAAACUUCAAAUCAUUGGCAUGCAAACCCACAGAUGAAA